AAUUUAAAUGGGUCACAGUCAUCCCAGAAUGUAAAAGUAAAACAAACCCUAGAAAGGAGAGAAGAACAUAGGCUCAGAGUUAAAGUGACCAUAGUGAGAUGUAUUUCUCUGCAGAAGGUUUAAAUUUGAAGAGAGUUUAGUCAGUCCUGGCACUCAUAUCUCCACUGGCUGUUAUUUGUCUUUAUGACAAAGUCCAGUCUCCUCACUGUGUCUACACAGCCCUGUAUCAUGCUCAGGGCCCUGCCAGUGUCUCCAGCCUCAUCUCGGGAAGUGACCGUUUCCUCAUGGUUCACUCUGCCCCGCACACAUUCACCUUUUUUCUGCUCCCAAACCCCAACACGUUUUCUGUCUCAGAUCUUAGUUCCUGUUCUUGCCAUUGGCCUUUAAGUCACCAUGGCUCAGGCCCUUUGUCCUCCACAUCUUACUUCAGAGAUGUGUCCACUUCCCCUUCCUCCGACAACCUCUGUGAAAUUACCCAGGUUUUACUGCCUCUGUAUCAGUCACCCUCAACAGAAAUGUACUUGUGUAUUGAUUAUUGUUAGUCUUUCGUGCUUAACCUCCAUUGAAGGACGCAGUGUUCAUCGUCUUCCCAGGGUCACUGCGACCUCACUCCGGGGAUGUUUUCAAGGCUAGGAUUAUUGAUUGGGCUGAGCACACCUCAGGAAAUAUCAAGGUGCCAGGGCAGGUCAUGAGGAUGGCUCUCACACUUGUUUUGGACAUUUCCACUCUAAUUGAUCCUUACCUUAUGUGUCUGUUUACUCAAGAGCAAAAAGAUGUAGGGAGGCCUAAAAAGUCCUGUACAGCUGGUGUCCUCAAGCAGUGGGUGACGUGUUCCCAUGUUUAGUGUGCUGUGUCAGUGCUCUGCUGUAGCCCCCAGGCGUUCCGGGCUGUGCACAUCAGGUGACCAGUCGCCACCUUGGACAGGAGCCUUGCCUCCCGGCAGGUCAUCUGCUCAGAGUCCAGGAUAGUGGUUUCCCUGUGCUAAGGGUGGGCAGAAGUCUGCAGCCUAAUGGGGCAUGAAGGAGGCCUCCCUCAAAGAGCUAGGGUAUCUUUUAAUUACCUGUGAGUGGGUAGAACAGGAGUCAAGAAACUUGGGAACUGUCUGCUUUGAGUCUCCGUAAAUGAACUCAAAUGCCUUUGUAACUGGACUUGAUGACGUUCCCAAUUGUUGGUCAGUUCUCCCAGGAUGGCCGACUUCUUGACCUUCAUAAUGAAUGGCCAGUGUCCUUUGGGUGGCAGCUUGUGUGUAUUCCUGUUGCGAUGGCUUUGCUGAGAGGUCCUUGUGCCUUUUAGCCCUGUUUGCCCAUGAGUGCAUGGAGGAGAGGCAGAACAGUUGGGAAGUUGGAGGGGAGCCUGUAGGGGUCUUCAGGAGGGAUGUGGCAGCCAGUGUGGGCUUCAAGGUGAGCCAAGUGAAUGGUGUGGGCACCUGUCCCUUGUGGGGUCAAGGCAUCUGGAGAGCUAUUUGAAAGGGAUGUCUUAAUUGUGGUUGGAGAACCUUGAGGUGGUUUGUGUAGUUGUGGGCUUCAUUACACGAACUGAAUUGCUAUAAAGUCCUAGCUCAGGUUCCCUGGGACAUAGAUGCUGAGACUGAGGACUGCAUGCAUUGGUUGCAUUGAAUAACUCAUGGUCACACCUGAGUAGGAAUGAAGGCAGUGGAUUUAGAAAGACAAACGUUUUCCUCCUAUGCUCUUAGAGAUAUGACCUGAGCUGUGCGAACAGCACGCUCUGGGUACAGGUGGAUGGACACCAUGGUCCUGAGGGAAUGGAUCUAUAGGGUGCCCCACAGAAUCCACUCUAUACAUUGACUCACAUUGGGUCUUUUGAGAGUGGGAGAAUCAUCGUGCAACCCUUAAAGUGAUACACAGAAAAUUUUAGAGAUCAUUUUGUGGGUUGCCUUUGGUAUUUUUGAGCAUUUUAUUGUGUAAGUGAAGACCAUUUCAGAUGCACUUUGAAAGAUACAGUGGAGAAUUUGGACCAUUUCAUUGGGAGAGGUUGUGGUCUGACUGUGGCAUGUGCAUUAUUGCAUGUGUCUCUUUUUUAAUUAGUAGGUUUUGGAGAUGACAGUGUUUGGGCUGGAAUUGUAAAUGAAAAUAUGGUAUCUUAGGUUUAGUGGGUCCUUGGGUGUCUUCACAUGUAAUUUUUGUGAUAAUUAUUACACAGUGUAUAUAUCUGCCAAAUAAUCACAUUGUAUAUCUUAUAUGUACACCAUGUUUAUUCAUCAACUAUACAUUAAUAGAGCUUGGGUAAAAAAGAACGUGGGAGGUGUGCUGGGCUCACCCCCUCUAGGUGGUGUUCCACCCAGACGUCACAUUGAUUUGAGGAAGGCAUCUUCAUAUAUCCCCUUCAUAUAACAAGAGGGUUGCUUUCCAGUAGUAUGGAUGGGGCCCAACAUCAGUAAUCCUUUAAGUGCCCCAGGAUGUUCCAAUCCGGAUCCCUCACUGAGCAUCGUGACUCUGAGUCCCCCCGUUUCUGAGGGCUGAGGUCUGGGCUGAGGGUGAGAGCUCUGCUCUGCGUGGGGAUGGAUCAGGGCUAGUCUGUGACCUGAAGGGGAUCGUCGGGUCCAGCUGAGGUGCCCGCUGCUGCUGGGUACGUGAGGGCCUCACCAGGAGGGGAGCCUGAUCUGAAGGAAAGGGUGGGAAAACUCACUGGUUGGUCUCUGUGUGGGAGUUACUGUCCUGAGUCCCUCCUGGGACAGUGGGCAGCAGAGGACCGUCUGUUCCCCAUGCUGAGGGCUUCCCUGUGCGUGUGGUGGUGACUCAGGAAGGGGGUGUGUUGAUUCUAAGCGUUAAACAGCAUGUUUUCAACUCUCAGGGUAGACCUCUAAAGAGUCCUGUUGUCUAACAAAGAAGCCGUUAAGAGAAGGAAAAGAAAAGGAGUCAGGAAUGGCUGUUUCUGAGGGUCAGUUGACACUGAAUGAUGUGGUCAUCGAAUUCUCUCAGGAGGAGUGGGAAUGCCUGGACCCUGCUCAGAGGGCCUUGUACAGGGACGUGAUGUUGGAGACCUACAGAAACCUGAUCUUUGUGGAUAUCUCUCAUAUACAUGUGAUCAAGAAAUUACAACUAAAGUCAAACACCGAUAAAGGUGGAGUAUUCCAAACAUUGAUGUUGGAAAGACAUGAAAGCCAGGGAAUCAAACAUUUUUACCUCCCGGAAAUUCAGGAAAAUACGUAUGACCAUGGUUUUCAGUGGAGAGAUGAUGGAAGAAGUUACAAAAAUAUCCCCAUAUCCUGUCACCAAGAUGUCACUGAUAGAAGUCCACAUGGUGGAAGGGAUGCAAAAAACAAGCCUACUGGAAAUAGACUUGUGCUAAGCCUUCAGGAUGAACUGCAUAUGUUUAAAAGUAAACAGAAAAUUGAUGAAUUUAAUAAAGCUGUUAAGAGUAUCAGCAGUAGUUCCUCAUUUUCACCACUUCAGGGAAUUUCUCCUCCUGUCCAAAACAACAUUUCUAACAGAUAUGGGAGUGAUUUUAUGCAUCCUUCAAUGCUGACACAAGACCAGAGCCCACACAGGGAAGUACCUUACAAGUGUAAUGAGUGUGGCAAAACCUUUCAUCAGGUCUCAAAUCUCAGGAGUCAUCAGAGAAUCCAUAUAGGAAAGAAAUUGCAUAAAUGUGGUGUAUGUGACAAGGUCUUUUGCCGAAAUUCAUACCUUAUAAUUCAUCAAAGAGUUCAUACUGGAGAGAAACCUCACAAGUGUAAUGAGUGUGGAAAGGUCUUUGAUAAGAAAGGAAGUCUUGCAGUUCACCAGAGAAUUCAUACUGGAGAGAAGCCUUACAAAUGCAAUGAGUGUGGCAGAACCUUUCCUAUCGGCUCAUACCUCAAAAGACAUCAGAUAACACACAUUGAAGAGAAAUUAUAUAAAUGUGAUAUAUGUGGCAAAGUCUAUCGUCAGAAUCUAUCCCUUCAACGUCAUCAGGGAAUUCAUACUGGAGAGAAAACUUACAAAUGUAGUUUUUGUGGGAAAACCUUUCUUUGUGGCACAGACCUCAGGAAACAUGAGAUAAUCCAUCCAGGAGCAAAAGCAUAUAAAUGUGAUGUAUGUGAUAAAGUCUAUGGUCAAAAUUCAUACCUUAAAUGCCACCAGAGAAUUCAUACUGGAGAGAAACCUUACAAAUGUAAUUUGUGUGGGAAAACCUUUUUUUUUAAAACAGGCCUCAGGAAACAUGGGAUAAUCCAUACAGGAGCAAAACCAUAUAAAUGUGAUGUAUGUGGCAAAGUCUUUAAUCAAAAAUCAGUCCUUGUGAAUCAUCAGAGAAUUCAUACUGGAGAGAAACCUCACAAAUGUAAUGAGUGUGGCAAGUUCUUUCGUGAGAAGCAAACCCUUAGAAGGCAUCAACAAGUUCAUACUGGAGAGAAACCUUACAAAUGUAAUGAGUGUGGCAAGGCUUUUAGUAUGAAAGGAAACCUUGCAGCUCAUCAGAGAAUUCAUACUGAAGAAAAACCUUACAAAUGUAACAGCUGUGGCAAAGUCUUUCGUGAGAAGCCAGCUCUUAGAAGGCAUCAACGAAUUCAUACUGGAGAGAAACCUUACAAAUGUAAUGAGUGUGGCAGAGCCUUUCGUGAGAAGCCAGCCCUUAGAAGGCAUCAACGAAUUCAUACUGGAGAGAAACCUUACAAAUGUAAUGAGUGUGGCAGAGCCUUUCAUGAGAAGCCAGCCCUUAGAAGGCACCAACGAAUUCAUACUGGAGAGAAACCUUACAAAUGUAAUGAGUGUGGCAAAGCCUUUAGUCAAAGUUCAACCCUAUCAAGUCAUUGGAGAUUACAUACUAGUGAGCAGUCUUACAGAUAUAAUGAGCAUGGCAAAUUCUUCAGUGUGAUUUCAAGCCCAAGUUAAUACCAUCGGGUAAUCUAUAUUGAAACGAAGGAAUUUAGGACAAAGACAGGUUUAAAGACUCACGCAGUUCCAUCCCAGCAAGUGGCUGGAUCAGGAUACGGAGCGGGUUGUGUGCUGUAAUCGUGAGUAAUGAUUAUUCAGUAGUAAAGCUGUUUCCUUUCCGUAUUGCCCAGGUGGAGGAAAUUUAUUGGUCUUACAUUUUGGUUUUGUUUGUAAUUGUAUUUCCCCACAGUGUUGAUGUGAAAGAAAGAUUAUUUAUUG